GACGGCGAUUUGCCCCGGCGUCAGUCUUAAAGGCCGCGCCGAUCGCGCCGCACGCAUCAUGCUCCCAGUGCUGUUCCUCGCCGCACUCGCCGCCGCGGCCGCGCAAAACGACACGCAACCCGCGCGCCCGCCCUCGCCUAGGCGCGAACAGUUCCGUGUCAUCUACGAAUGGAACGUCAUAGACUUCGAAUGGCGCUCCCCAGCAGAUCGCGAAGCCUACCUAAGUACGAACCGAUACAUACCCCAAAACGUACUAAUAUCUGGCAUAAAUUUCUACGGCGAAAACCUCUUCCUGACGGUACCCAGGAUGCUGGACGGAGUGCCGGCGACGCUGGCGACCGUGCCGGUGCAGCAGAGCGACACGGCGCCCAAACUGAAGCCCUUCCCUAGCUGGGAAGACAAUGCAGUCGGUAACUGCUCCGCGUUGCAAUUCGUGCAGAAUGUCGAAAUUGACAAAAACGGAGUCAUGUGGAUCCUGGACAAUGGACGCGUAGGAACACUCACACAAAAACCGAAUCCGAUGUGCCCCCCGUCGUUGGUUUUAAUUGACCUAAAAUCUGGAAAAAAUGAAAUGGAACGCAUCCCGUUCCCCGCCGAAAUUUUAAAUUCGAAUACGACAUAUUUAAACGACAUCGUGGUGGACAAUCGUGAUGGUGAUUACGCCUAUAUCACUGACAACAGUGCCGUCGAUCCGGGCAUCAUCGUGUUCCGCCGCAGUGACAAAAAAUCUUGGAAAGUUCGAGACACAAAAUCAAUGUCAUCGAUGCCCGAAGCAUCUGCAUUCCGUAUCAACGGAACUAGCAUCAAUCUUCCAGUAAACAUAGAUGGAAUCGCUUUAGGACCUCAAUUUUAUACUUCAGAUGGUAACAUCGAUAGAACAAUUUAUUAUUGCCCAUUAUCGAGUUUUCACUUGUACGCAAUCAAUGCAUCAGUUUUGCGAAAUGAUUCGAUAGAAGGCACAGAUGGGUCGAUUCGCCCUUACGUUGUUGAUCUUGGCACUAAAGCCUCACAAACAGAUGGCAUGAAGAUGGACUCGAAUGGCGUACUUUUCUUCGGUCUAAUAGGCAACUCGACCAUUGCGGAAUGGAAUACGACGGUCAAUUUCCACGUUGGCCAACGUACCAUCGCACGCGACCCCAACUACAUCCAGUGGGUUGAUCGGUUCACAUUUGACGACCGCGGAAACAUAUAUGUAGUCGUAAAUAGACUUUACAACUUUGUAAAGAACCAAGUUUUCACAAAGGAAGUGAACUAUAGAAUUUUGAAGUCUUUUACGGGAUCAAAGAGCUACAUUUUCUCGGAAGAUUUGAAGCCAGCUGGCCUUCCGGGAGCUGCUGCAGUCCCGACUCUUGGUGCGUCGGUGCUAUUCAUAGCCCUAGCCCACCUGCUGGCUUAGUCCUCGCAGAAUUUCUCGGUGGAGCCGAGGCCAUGACCCUGAAGAAUCAGUGUUCUAUAUACGCCUGGACUGACGCGUUACAUUACCAAAUAUUGAGUUACCUUGACCUCUAGGUCCUCCCAGUGAUAUGCGCAUGUAGAUAUAGCUUUGUAUAUUUUGAAUAAGAUAUUAGUUGUUACGAGCGUCUGUGCGACCUUUGAGCACCUUAAGCUGAGAUGCGACUCGAAGAUGAGUCUCUUAUUUCCCCGAUGCACGCUAAAGGUCGAGGACAUAUUAUUGCCAAAUGCCGCACCUUUACAACAAUAAACAUUCUAACUUCUACGACAAAGGUGCAUCGGCUAGCAAAAUAAUUUAUUACCAAUGUCCCUACCCUAAGAUUUUAACUUGUUAAAUUGAGUACGAUUAGUUUUUUACACAAAGAAACCUUUGAAUACGAAUCUGAAUAUAAUGCGGCAAGUUGCCAUCGCAUCAAUCAAUAAAUAGGUACAUUACGCAAGGCAGCCAGUUAUAAAAAAUACAGACAUAUUAAAUUGUUACUCUAACGUUUAUAGAAAAUAAGCUCUUAUUUUAACACAAAAAAUAGUUUGUUUCUGAUAACCAAUAUGAAACUGUGUAAUAUGUAGGGAAGUUAAUUUAGCGGAAGUAGGUAUUUAAUUUAAAUUGUAAUAUACAAUGUAUUGUAACUAAGCUGUAUGAACGUGACUGGAUGAUUUUAAAUAAAUAUGUUUGUCGUACUUUUCGUGUUUUCUCUUGUCAUUAGCUCUUCAAUGUGAAACAGUUGAAAUGUCCAACUAUUUACAUCUCAAUUUACAUGUAUUAUAUAGUCAAGUUUAUGAAAAGUUCAAGACUCUAUACAAAUGCACGUUAUUUUAAGCUUUCAUCAUCAUCCGCCUCGCUAUCUAAGCCUAUCCUCGUGUUAAGCUAUGGUGAGAAUAAAUAUCAAAUUAAUAAAUUUUUCACUAUAGUUUCCGAAACGUGAGAUUUAGUUCACAAAUUUCGUCGAAUAAUUAGCGACAGUAAAAUCGACUUGUGAUAAAGAAAGAAAAAGAUAAAGAUAUUUAUUUUAGAAACGUGUGCUGUUUUCUCAGCAACUCACUACAUACUGUUUCAUUAUCUGUGUGUUUCGUACUAUAAUUAGAACAUUGAGGAUAGUUGAGUACAGCUUUCAGUUUCACGGCUACAAUUUAGUACGAACUUUUAUUUUGUCUGUUUGCUUUUUUACUCAUCGCAAUUUUUUUUCAGAUGUUAUGAGUAAAAACAAAUAACAAAAGAUGAAAUUCGCUUAUAAAUGUUAAACUACCAACUGUUAACUUUUCACAGCAGUGAAAUAUUACUUGUUUCACCAUAAAUUCUGACAAAAAAAUAUUUUGAAGCGAAGCCGUCAAAUGAAACAGAAAAAUGUUUAAACGCAUAAUUUGAGCGUUAUAAAUAUUCACGUAUUGUUUGGAAUAAUAAUUUACAAACAUAAAUACCUAUGUAGUGAAUUCUUUUGUCCAAGAAUAAACAACAUAGCACCUUAUACACCUUGACAUAAAGUCGUAGCUAAUGGGUCGAGGACAAGAUAUCAUUUCGGAAUGAAAAUUAGUUAGACAGUAAAUGUAAAUGAACCAUAAUCAUUAUAUUCUGUAGUACCGCUUAUAAUUGUCAAAGUUCUGCGCUUCUUAAUAAAGUUUAAAUUUCUUAACAAAUAACGUAAUACUUAUACUAUAAUUUUGAAAUAAACUUGAACUAAUAAAGAAGUCUAAUCAGGUACUUAAGUGAUUUUAAUUUUUUAAAUAAUACCAUGUAAAACAAUACACCAAAGUUAUUAAUAAAAUAAAAAAAAAUAUCAUCUUUCAUGAGGUUUCAUUCCAACUUUUUUGAAUCCAAAUAUUUGACAAGAUGAAGUGACGUGCAUGUAAACAAGGUUAAUCUUAAAUUGUAAUUAAGAAUUUAAUUCCAUAAAAAAUGCUCUUAUGUAUACCAUAGUCAAUGAAUGAUUUCAUUUAAUUAAAAGUAUAUUUUUUAUGAUAAACAAAAACCAAAUGAUACUCCGCAUUGAUACUUACAUACUUAGCGAAGUCGUUGAAAUCUUUUAUUCGGAUGUUCGUUAUAAGCGUAGAAAGAUAUUCCUGUAUGGACGGCCUUCAUACUGAUAUUAAAGAAAACGCUUACUAGUUCUUCAGAAAUAGUUAAGGGCUGAAAAUCGAUGCAUUAACCAUCCAUAAUAAAUGAUUUUAGUGCACUGAACUUAAACUUUCUCUUACCGAUUCAAAUGGAUAACUGUAUCAGAUUUAGUAGUUAUUAUAUUGUUUCUUUUACUUUGUUCUUACAUAAUUGCGUUACAUAUUUUCUAAGAAAAAGUCGUAGGUAACUAUAACAUUUUAUCUAUAACAGAAUUACAAAAAAGUUUAACCUAUUUAAAUAUUUGACAAAUACAUUUUUAUACGUUACGGAUUUUUUAUUUGGAGAAAUAACAAAAACCAAUUUAAAUGUUCCUUUUAUAUAACAACGCUAUAACUGCGUAAUCAAGAUGUUCCAGCGAAUUGGAGAAUGUCUGCGUACAAGUACCUAACGAUAAUAAAAAGAACAUGACUUAAAAUAACAAAGGAGAAAGCUUGACUGAACAAAUGUUCAUAACCACGUAAAAAGGUAGCCGUUUACAUCCAAAUAAACAUCAAUAACAUGGAAAUAAUUGUAUUGCCUUCAUUGAUAAUAUGUUUUUGUUAAAAUUGUAAGACGAAUUCUUGGCGCCCAAGUCCAUUACAAACUUCAUUUCAUAAAUACCGGAGAAUCUUCAUUAUUAUGAAGUCAGCAGAUUUGCUCAGUUAUUUAUAUCAAAAAUACUAUACAUAUCAAAUUCACCUUACUUUAAUAGUGUUAAUUAUGGCCCACCUUGUGUGGGUCGCCUGUCACUGUCAAACACAAAACUAGUUUUUAUUUUUUACUCUCUGAUCCGUCCAUCCGGAUGUUAUUAGUUUUCACUUAGCGUUUCUUUUUUGCUUGCAUUCGGAGGAUAACGUAGAAAGUAAUUGAGAGUAAAUGAAAGUGUUUGUUAAAAUAAUAAUUAUAAUUGGCUGUCCAUUCUCUCAAGAUACAAAUGUAGCAAGUUUUCUAUAGAUUUUUUUUACCUCGCCAUAUGUAUGUAAAAAUAAUUAAAUCUAACACUUUUUGCGUGCGCGAUUUCGUCAGAUUCAUUUUGCAGUUUUUUUUUCACAGAACUCGAGAACGAAAUAUCUAUGAUUUCAGCACAAUGUCUAAAUAUCAUUUAGUACGAGGGGUAAAGAAAUUAUCAUGUCUUUACCCCUCGAACUAAAUGAUCCAACAGCAAUGGUCUGUGGUUAAGUAAUUAUCUUUUAUUUAUCUCACAAACAUUCAAAGAACAAAAAAAAGUUAAUCUUUUUAAAUUAAAUAUCUAAAUAUUUUAAGUACUUGAAAUAUUUAAAAAACUACAUCUAUAUAAAAUAUAGCUGUACAAAUUUUCGUCAAGACCAUGAGAAGGUUUCAUGAAACACUCGUAGUACGUUCUCUAUGCUCCGAUAGAUUUCUAAAAUAGGGGCGAUAAUAAAGAUUACCAAGACCUUGUUUCGUUAGAGAAACUCAAUCAAGGUCUUUGAGCUCCAGUUGUUGUGUCCACAGAGUAGCCGCCGUCGCCGGCGCUGCUGUAUUCUCAUGAUAACAAUAAACCAGUUGGAUAAGCACUUUGUAAGAUUGAAAAAUCAAUGCCUCCCGGUUAAUUUUGGUAAAAGAACAGUUUUCCACUCGCUACGCUCUACAAAUGGCAGAUGACAGGUGAUCAUUUUAUUUCUGAAUCGAAAGAUUUUGUUGUUCUUGCCUUCUGUUAUUUCACAGUUGCAUGCUGCAAGACUAAAGUAACUUUGUUUUUAUAAAAUGUGUACUGUACCCACCAUUGGUAUGUGAAGGUUUAGAUGAAACAAAAUGGAAGAUGAUCCGUUAUAAAUAGACUUUAACAAUAUUACAAAGCAUAACAAAUACGCAAUUGUUAUAUAUACAGUGGUGUAGUUACCCCAAAAUCGGGCUUCUACGCCUGACCUUUGACUGGGCUCACCCCAGUCAGCCAGCCUCUGCCCGCCAUCGCGCGUCGCAGCGGUUUUACGCCUACGUCGCCGCCACCGCGUCGUCGAAGCCCGCGACACCGCAGCCCGCCGCGCCGUCGCAACCCUACCUCCCACAGACCUACCCGCCAUGGAAGAUAAGUUCCCACAUCUGUGAACCACAGAGCAAACCCAUGACGAACCUCCUCGAGAUUAAUUAAUAAUAUAUAAUCCGAAAAAAUAUACAUAUUAAUGCACGAAACUUUAUUUAUUUAUUGACGUUUCGCAGCCUUUUCAGGUCUGCAUCGUCAGAAUGAUGUCAGAUCGUCAGAAUCAUCAUCAUUCUGACGAUGCAGAGACGAUGAACAAUGGCUGUUUCGUGCAUUAACCCGUUAAAAAAAAUGAAAAAAAAAAUGCUUUAUUUAAUGAGUGAUGUGCGUGAAAACCUAAGAAACAAAUAAAUGUACAUAUGCACACUCUUUCCCCACUUUUUUAUUUAACUACCCUGUAA